AUGGUAAAUGGGAAUGGCAAGCAAGCUGCAGCUGCGGCCGCAUCCCAAGCCCGCGGGUCUGAGGCGCCGGUCGGGCCGCGGCGAGGGAGCGGAGGGAGCGCCCGAGUGACCGCUCGCAUUCGCAUUGGCAUUGGCAUCGGCGCGGCGCUGGCCGGGAUGUGGGGCGAGCUGAGCGGCGUGUCCGGGGCCGCCCUGGCCUGCUGCCUCGUGGCGGCCGCCUUGGCCGUGCGCUGGUCGGGGCGGCGCGGGGCGGCGCGGGGCGCGGUGAGCCGCGCGCGGGGCCGGCAGCGAGCCGCCCUGGACGCCAUGGAGCAGGCGGCGCGGCGCUUCCGGCUCCAGAACCCAGACUUGGACUCAGAGGCACUGUUGGCUCUACCCUUGCCUCAGCUGGUCGGGAAGUUACGAAGUGGGGAGCUGUCUCCUGAGGCUGUACUCUUUACCUAUGUGGGCAAGGCCUGGGAAGUGACCAAAGAUACCAACUGUGUGACCACCUACUUGGAUGAAUGUGAGACUCAGCUGGAGAAGACACCCCGGAAGGGCCUGCUGUAUGGCGUCCCUGUGAGCCUCAAGGAGUGCAUCAACUGUAAGGGUCACGACUCGACGUUGGGCUUGAGCCUGAACCAAGGGGUGCUGGCAGAGUGCGACAGCGUGAUCGUGCAGGUGCUGAAGCUACAAGGGGCCAUCCCCUUUGUGCACACCAACGUCCCCCAGUCCAUGUACAGCUUUGACUGUAGUAACCCCCUUUACGGCCAGACCUUGAAUCCAUGGAAGUCCUCUAAGACCCCCGGUGGUUCCUCGGGGGGUGAAGGGGCCCUCCUUGCCUCUGGAGGUUCCCCGCUGGGUAUUGGCACCGACAUUGGAGGCAGCAUCCGCUUUCCCUCAUCCUUCUGUGGCAUCUGCGGCUUGAAGCCCACGGGGAACCGCCUCAGCAAGAUUGGCCUGAAGGGCUGUGUCUAUGGACAGGUGGCAGUUCAACUCUCGAUAGGCCCCAUGGCCCGGAAUGUGGAGAGCCUGGCGCUCUGCCUGCGAGCACUGCUGUGUAAGGAUAUGUUCCGCUUGGACCCCACUGUGCCCCCCUUGCCCUUCAAUGACGAGGUCUACAAAAGCUCACGGCCCCUACGCAUAGGCUACUAUGAGACAGACAACUAUACCAGGCCCACCCCGGCCAUGAGACGGGCCCUUCUGGAGACCAAGAAGAGCCUGGAGGCUGCUGGCCACACGCUGGUUCCCUUCCUGCCAAAAAACAUCCCGUACGUCAUGGAGACCCUGUCACCAGGCGGGCUGUUCAGCGAUGGCGGCCACAAAUUCCUGCAGUGCUUCAAAGGUGACUUUGUGGACCCCUGCUUGGGCUUCCUGGUCUUAAUUCUGAAGUUUCCCAACUGGCUGAAGAGACUGAUCUCUUUCCUGCUGAAGCCUGUGCUCCCCAGGAUGGCCACCUUUAGCAGCAGCGUACAGUCUCGGUCAGCGGGAAAGCUCUGGGAACUGCACCAUAAGUUCGAGAUGUACCGCCAAUCCGUGAUCACUCAGUGGAAAGCACAAGAACUGGACGUGUUGCUCACCCCUAUGCUAGGCCCUGCUCUGGACUUGAAAGGCCCAGGCAAGGCCCCAGCUGCCAUCAGCUACACGGUGCUCUACAACUGCCUGGACUUCCCGGCGGGCGUGGUGCCCGUCACCAAAGUGACCAGUGAGGACGAGGCCGAAAUGGAUCAUUUCCAGGGAUACUUUGGGGAUAUCUGGGACAAAGAAUUGAAGAAGGUCGUGAGGAAUAGCGUGGGGCUGCCUGUGGCCGUGCAGUGCGUGGCUCUGCCCUGGCAGGAGGAGUUGUGUCUGCGGUUCAUGCGGGAGGUAGAGCGACUGAUGACACCGCAGAAACAGCCGUCCUGAUCAUGGAGCAGGUGCCGCUGACGGGCCUUUAGGAACUUUCAGCUGGGCUGGUGCUUCCACAGUCUCUUCUUCUGAAUCCAUGCACAAAGUGCAGAAGCAGAAACCCAUGUCUGGACGUUGGUGGCUUGUGGGUGGAGCGAGGGCAAAGGCCACCAGCAGAAAAGAGCUCUUGCUUCCUGUGUCUCUUCUGGCCUUCAUUGUCCGAACCCCAGAGGCUUCUAGAACAUCUAGACUUGAUCUUUGCAAGUAUGAAUCCAGCCAUGUAGGUCUUCUGCUCCCGAAGUGCCCCCAGUUCUCCUCGUCUACAAAAUGAACUCUGGCCUGUCCAUAUAUACUCAGAUUGAGCCUGUUUUGAAAGCUCUCCCUUUUUCUCUCCCUUCCUCUCCCCUUCCUCUGCCCAUGACGCUUCUGAGCUCUCUUUUA